AUGCAUCAGGAAAACCCCUCACCAUACACCAUACAGCAGCAACAGCAAGUCCAACAACAGGCUCAACAGCAAGCACAGCAACAAAUGCAACAACAAAUACAGCAGCAGCAAAUGCAGCAAAUGCAGCAGGUUCAGCCAGUGCAGCAAAUGCAGCAGGUUCAGCCAGUGCAGCAAAUGCAACCAGUGCAGCAAGUGCAGCAAAUGCAACCAGUGCAGCAAGUUCAGCAGGUACCUCAGGUUCAGCCAGUGCAGCAAGUUCCACAUGUGCAACCCAUGGCACCUCCAAAUCCCGUCUACACUCCAGUUCCCUCUACAGCCCUUGCCCCAGUAACCACUCCUGCUCUGUUACCACAACUUCCUGCUCAGCCUUUAAGUCCUGCUCCUCCUCCCACUGUCCCUCAGACCCCAGUGGCUCCUGUAGACCCUAAAAAAAAUGCAGACCCUGAGUUUCUGGCAUUGCUGCAAAAAGAGGGCCUCUCGGACAGCACCAUCACUUCACUGCUGCAGCAGGGCUUUGACUCCACUGCAAUGUUGGCUGUAAUGGAGGAAAAUGAUGUACGUUCGGUGGCCCCCAACUUGGGCCAAGCCAGGGUUCUGUCUCGUGUUGUGCUUAGUUGCAAACGACCACCUGAAACCCUUCCUGCUACCCCCCUGCAUCCCAGUGCUCCAGUACGUGGCAGAUCCAACAGCUUUAGCCAUCGUAGUGACAUUUAUACGCACCAGCCGCCACCCUUGACUCCAGGCUUGGAGUCCCAAUAUAUGCAGCCACCCUCUACCCCAAUGCAGACUGUAUCUGCCAGGAUGGGUGAGGGCUAUAGUCGGAGACCCAGCAGUGCUCCCUCCCAGCAACUUCUAGACCAGACCAGUGGGUAUCCUGGAGCCAGGUCUGCAGGAGGAUACAGUGGUUCUGUGGUUCCAGUCCAGCCUCGCCCAUUAUCAGGCUACAAUCCGCAUACUGGCUUGUCCAUGUCACAUAUGACUUCAAUGUCCCAACACGUAGGCAUUCCAUCUCAUCUGCCAGUAAUGCCAUCCCAAAUGGCAAUCCAUGCAAUGCCACAGCCUUUGCCAGCACUGCCAAUGACCAUGCCUGCUUUGGCACCCCAGCAAGCUCCGAAGGCAUACACAACCAACUAUACUGUACCAAUGGAGUUGUUAAAGAGGGAUCGAAGCUUGGCCACAAUGUCUCCCAUGCCCAGUCCCCAUGUAAGCCCACAAGUAAUGCGCAGGGCUGGAGUGUCCUCAGACGGAGCCCUAGUACCUGUUGGUAGUGCCGGUCCAGGUCAAGGUGUGAGUCCGUCUAAUCAGAAGCUCAGCCGGCGUACUGGACCUCCGGUCAUUGUCUCCACUAUGGCAUCGCCGGACACAAGUAUAAGGCCUCAGAUCAUGAACGGCCCGAUGCACCCUCGGCCGCUGGUCGCUCUGCUGGACGGGAGGGACUGUACCGUCGAGAUGCCCAUCCUGAAGGAUUUGGCCACGGUGGCCUUCUGUGAUGCCCAGUCAACGCAGGAGAUCCAUGAGAAGGUGUUGAACGAGGCGGUGGGGGCGAUGAUGUACCACACCAUUACUCUGACCAGAGAAGAUCUGGAGAAAUUUAAAGCCCUACGAAUCAUAAUCCGCAUCGGUAGUGGAUAUGACAAUAUCGACAUUAAAGCAGCUGGAGAGAUGGGUAUUGCAGUGUGUAAUAUCCCAUCAGCCGCUGUGGAGGAGACGGCAGACUCGACGCUUUGCCACAUCCUGAACCUGUACAGGAGGAACACGUGGCUGUACCAGGCCAUGCGGGAGGGCACACGGGUCCAGAGCGUGGAGCAGAUCCGAGAGGUGGCGUCAGGGGCCGCCCGCAUCAGAGGGGAAACACUCGGACUUAUUGGCUUUGGCCGAUCAGGACAGGCAGUCGCUGUUCGAGCGAAAGCGUUUGGCUUCAAUGUGAUCUUUUACGACCCAUACUUGCAAGACGGUUUAGAGCGAUCGUUGGGCGUUCAGAGAGUUUACACAUUACAGGACCUCCUGUACCAGAGCGACUGCGUGUCUCUCCACUGCAACCUAAACGAACACAAUCACCACCUCAUUAACGACUUCACCAUCAAACAGAUGCGACAGGGAGCGUUUCUAGUCAACACAGCCCGAGGGGGUCUGGUCGAUGAAAAAGCCCUGGCUCAGGCUCUAAAAGAGGGCAGGAUACGAGGGGCCGCCCUGGACGUUCACGAAUCUGAACCCUUCAGUUUUACUCAGGGUCCUCUGAAGGAUGCGCCCAAUCUGAUCUGCACCCCUCACACGGCGUGGUACAGUGAGCAGGCCUCACUAGAGAUGAGAGAGGCCGCGGCCACCGAGAUCCGCAGGGCCAUCACUGGUCGUAUUCCAGACAGUCUCAGAAACUGCGUCAACAAGGAGUUUUUUGUUACCACGGCGCCGUGGGGGAUGAUGGAGCAGCAGGUACACCCGGAGCUCAACGGAGGAGCUUACAGGUUCCCCCCUGGUGCAGUGGGUGUGUCUCCUGGUGGCAUGGGUGGACAAAUAGAGGGCAUGAUGCCUGGCGGGGUGCCCAGUGCCCACCCCCUGCCGCCGGGCGCCCAGCCCAGCCUCGCCCCCUCCCCCACCCAGCUCCUCAAACACAACGACCAUAGAGAACACCUGGCCAAGUCAUAACCACACACCUGACCGCUGACCAACUGCAAAUCGUAGAGACUAAGAGACAGUGAACGGGUGAACAAGCAAUCAGCUGCCAGCGCCAGCUGCACCAGAGACAUGCUUCAUGGACGUCUGCCACUGUCUUGUUUUUCAGUUUGAGUGUUUCUCCGUUCAUUUACUUUUUAACCUAGGAAGUUCGGUGGUUUUGUUUCUGUCGUUUUUGCGAGGGGCGGACGUCAUUUCCACCUGUUCGUACGCAGGUGGGCGGUGCUUUCUUGUCAGGAGGCGUGGCAUCACACAAUGGCCACGCCUCUUUCCUCGUGCACCAGUUCGAAACAUUGACUGAUACCCACAUGUCAUGCACUUCUCUUCUUCCUCCUCCUCACCUUAUUUGGGCACGUAACAGAACUCGACGCAGUUAUACGUUUCAACAACGUUUCUAUCUUUACAUCCACGGAAUUAGUGCUCGUCUUUGUUUCAGUGUUGAUAAAAAAAUAUAUAUAUACAGUGAAUCUAUUAAGAGAACAGAGAGGGAAAGGCUGUUCUUGGGCAAAAAUAAAGAUGAUAGAGAAAUGAUUAGCAUUUGUUUUUGUUUUUUUCAGAACAUUUAGAGUAGCUGACCUCCUCUUGUUUACAGAAUUGCACAAAUUGAACAAGCACCAGCUCAGAAACCACCCCUCUUUAAGACCCAAGAGCACACUAUUUUACUAAUAUAUAUAUAUAUAUAUAUAUAUAUAUAAAUAAAUUAAUUUAGAUUAAAAAUGUUUUUGGUUUUUUUCAGGAUUUGUUUGAUUCUCUGUCGGGUUUUUAAAUGUCAGUUCCCAAAAAUGGUAAUUUGGAUCAGAGUGAACGUCACCAUGAGGAACAUUUUGAUUUUGUGUUUGCUAUGAGUUCUGUAAAACUCCAAAAAUAGAUGGCAGCUCACUUAGAUUAAAAAAAGGGACUGGAGUGAAAAACCGCCCCUGUCUCAGGAAGAACAUUUACUCCGAAACACACGACAACCCGGUGGUCUAGAUACUCGCUCCUUCCCAUCAGCCUCUUCGCCUACCCGAGGUAUUUUUUAUAGAUCUGACAUCCAGUGCGUUUUUUUGGUGUUGAAUGUAUGGCAGUUAAAUUAGAUUUGUAUUGUCUAGUUUAAUGUUUUUGUAACCAUACUUUCCUGUGAUCCUCUCCCUGUUCCUUUUCUUUUGGGUUCUUUAUGUGGAAGCGCACUGUUCGGAGCUCAUUGUGUUGUUUAUAUGCAAUAUCCUGAGGUCCUCGGCCAACUCCGGUCAGGUUGGUUCCAGAACUGUAGGUUUGGUUUUUAGUGUGAGUAUUUGUAUUUGUUUAUUGUACCGAGGUGAACAUUUAGCAUACAGUACAGUUCAAAUAAAUAAAAAAAACAAAAUACCGUUCUGACUUUC